AUUGAAACGUCUCUCUGAGGCUGCCCUGAUCAUACUUCUGGACCACUUUCUGCUCUGAAUUCUCAAAAUUGCUCAAAAUUCUAAAUUUUGUUAAUUUAGACUCAGAGAGCAGGGAAACAAUACUCUUGGUGCCGGACUGAGAGAAUACGAAGCAAGUGAGCAAUGGCGAUUCGAGUGAAGGUGCUCGGCUGCCGCAGGCUGGUCCUACUGUUCCUUUUUCUGGGGCUGUUGUUGGAAGCCCAGGCUGGGAAGAUCCGCUACUCGGUGUCAGAAGAGACAGACAAAGGUUUCUUUGUGGGCAACAUCGCCAAGGAUCUGGGGCUACAACCCCAGGAGCUGAUGGAGCGCGGAGUCCGAAUCGUCUCCAGAGGUAGGAAGCAGCUCUUUGCUCUGAACCCGCGAAGCGGCAGCUUGGUCACCGCGGGCAGGAUAGACCGGGAAGAGCUCUGCGCUCAGAGCGCGCGGUGUCUGGUGAGUUUUAGCGUCUUAGUAGAGGAUAAAAUGAAGCUUUUCCCUGUUGAAGUGGAAAUAAUUGAUAUUAAUGACAACACUCCCGAAUUCCAGUUAGAAGAAGUCCAAUUUAAAAUGAAUGAAAUAACUGCUCCAGGUACCAGGAUCCCCCUGCCUUCUGGGCAAGACCUUGAUGUGGGUAUGAAUUCGCUCCAGAGCUAUCAGCUCAGCUCCAACCCUCAUUUCUCCCUGGAUGCUCAACAGGGAUCUGAUGGGUCCCAACAGCCAGAGAUGGUGCUGCAGAGUCCCCUAGACAGGGAAGAAGAAGCUGUCCAUCACUUCCUCCUCACUGCUUUUGAUGGGGGCAACCCAGCCCGUUCAGGAACCCUCCGAAUUCGAGUUCAGGUGGUGGAUGUAAAUGACAACCCUCCAGCGUUUACACAAGCAGUGUACCACACGAGUGUACCUGAGAACGUGCCUCUGGGCACUCGACUGCUCAUGGUAAAAGCCAUGGACCCAGAUGAAGGUGCCAAUGGGGAAGUAACAUAUUCGUUUCAUAAUAUAGACCACAAAAUGGCACAAAUAUUUCACUUGGAUUCUUACACGGGAGAAAUAUCAAGUCAAGAACCUCUGGAUUUUGAAGAAUACACAAUUUAUCCAAUGGAAAUUCAAGCUCAGGAUGGUGCAGGCCUCAUGGCCAGAGCUAAGGUGCUGGUCAAAGUUCUGGACAUAAAUGAUAAUGCCCCAGAGGUAACCAUCACCUCUGUCACCACUUCAGUCCCAGAAAACUUUCCUCCUGGGGCCAUAAUUGCUCUUAUCAGUGUUCAUGAUCAGGACUCUGGAGACAAUGGUCAAACUUCAUGUUCCAUUUCUGGAAAUCUACCCUUUAAAUUAGAAAAGUUAGAUGAUAAUUAUUACCGUUUGGUGACAGAAAAAACAAUGGAUAGAGAACUUACCUCCCAGUACAAUAUUACAGUAACAGCCACAGAUCAGGGAACUCCGACUCUAUCUACUGAAACACACAUUUCACUGCAAGUGACAGAUAUCAACGACAACCCCCCUGUCUUCCCCCAGGACUUCUACUCCACCUACAUUCUAGAAAACAACCCCAGAGGUGCCUCCAUUUUCUGCGUGACAGCCCAUGAUGCUGACAGUAAUGAGAAUGCACAGGUCACUUAUUCCCUGGUGGAGGACACCAUCCAAGGAGUGCCUCUAUCCUCCUAUGUCUCCAUCAACUCAGACACUGGAGUCCUAUAUGCCUUGCGAUCGUUUGACUAUGAGCAGUUCCAGGACCUGCAGUUGAGAUUGAUGGCUCGUGACAGCGGGGACCCACCACUCAGCAGCAAUGUGUCUGUGAGCAUAUUCGUGCUGGACCAGAACGACAACACACCUGAAAUCCUGUAUCCUGCACUCCCCACGGAUGGUUCCACCGGUGUGGAGCUGGCACCCCGCUCUGCAGAACCAGGCUACCUGGUUACCAAGGUGGUGGCAGUGGACAGAGACUCAGGACAGAACUCCUGGCUAUCUUACCGCCUACUCAAGGCCAGCGAGCCAGGACUCUUCUCUGUGGGGCUGCACACGGGCGAGGUGCGCACAGCGCGGGCCCUGCUGGACAGAGACGCGCUCAAGCAGAGCCUGGUGGUGGCGGUCCAGGAUCACGGCCAGCCCCCUCUGUCAGCCACCAUCACGUUCACUGUGGCUGUUGCUGACAGCAUUCCAGAAGUGCUGGCCGACUUGGACAGCAUUGAAACUUCCUCCCACCGGGACAACUCCAGCUUCACGUUGCACUUGGUAGUGGCUGUGGCCGCGGUCUCCUGCGUCUUCCUCGCUUUUGUCAUCGCGUUGCUGGUGCUCAGAUUGCGACGCUGGCACAGACUGCGUGCGCAGACUUCAGCAAGUGUACUGGCAGGCUUGCCCACCUCUCACUUUGUGGGCGUGGACGGGGUGCGUGCUUUCCUGCAGACCUAUUCGCACGAGGUCUCGCUCACCGCGGACUCGGACUCUCGGGGGAGUCACGUGAUCUUCCCGCAGCCGAACUACGCGGACACGCUCAUCAGUCAGGAGAGCGGUGAAAAAAAAGAUUUUCUGUCAGUACCUCAGUCUUUACUUGAAGACAAAAAGGAAACAUUUUCUCAGGUAAAUCUUUUACCCUGGGAAAUCAUUAUUAAGUGUUUCUAUCCAAGUAUAUUUAUAAUUGUUCUUUCAUUGAAAAGGAGAUCACCUGGGUCCCGUGAAUGCUGGUCACUUCAGACCCUGAGGAAUAAAGAUUGGAAUCCCGAGCUGGAGGCUGGAAGUUGCCUGGGAGAAAAGACUGCAGCUCAAGAAAUGGCGGCUCUGCUAGAUUUGCCACAUCGCGGAAGGUUUGUCUUGCUGUGCCUUCUUUGGGUGGCCCUGUGGGAGGCUGGAGCUGGGCAGAUGCGCUAUUCAGUGCCAGAAGAGAUAGAAAAAGGGUCAUUCGUGGGCAGCGUUGCCAAGGAUCUCGGGCUAGAGCCUCUGGCACUAGCGGAGCGCGGGGCCCGCAUCGUCUCCAGAGGUAGGACGCAUCUCUUCGCUCUGAACCCGCGAAACGGCAGCUUGGUCACCGCCGGCAGGAUAGACCGGGAGGAGCUCUGCGCCCAGAGUGCGCGGUGUCUGGUGAGCUUUAACAUACUCCUGGAAGAUAAAUUGAGUAUUUAUUCAGUAGAAGUGGAAAUAAAAGAUAUUAACGAUAAUGCCCCUCGCUUUGGAGUAGAGGAAGUGGAGCUAAAAAUUAGUGAAACGACUACGCCAGGAUUCCGGAUCCCUCUUAAGAGCGCGCAUGAUGCAGACGUCGGAGAGAACACUCUCCAAAAGUACGAAAUUAAUUCAAAUGACCACUUCUCUCUGGACGUGAGAAGCGGGGUGGAUGGUAACAAGUACCCGGAGCUGGUGCUGGGACGCGCUCUCGACCGUGAGGAGGAGGCCGUACACUACCUCGUUCUCAAGGCUUUGGACGGGGGCGACCCUAUCAGAUCUGGCACCUCCCGCAUCCGCGUGACGGUCCUGGAUGUGAACGACAACGCUCCUGUUUUUACACAGCCCGAGUACCGUGUAAGUGUUCCAGAGAAUACUCCCGUAGGCACCCGGAUACUUACAGUGACCGCCACUGAUGCAGAUGAGGGAUACAAUGCCCAGGUGACAUAUUUUCUGGAGAAAAACCCUGAAGAAACCUCAGAGGUAUUUGAGCUUAAGUCAGCAUCUGGAGAAAUAACAAUCACAAAAAGCCUAGAUUAUGAGGAUGCCAAAUUCCAUGAAAUUGAUAUUGAAGCUCAGGAUGGCCCAGGCCUUCUGACCAGAAUGAAGGUCAUUGUCACAGUUCUGGACGUGAAUGACAAUGUCCCAGAAUUCUACAUGACAUCUGCUACAAGCUCAGUUCCUGAAGAUUCUCCUCCAGGAACCAUAAUCGCACUUUUCAAUGUACAUGACAGAGACUCUGGGCAGAAUGCAUUUAUCACAUGUUCACUCCCAGAGAACCUUCCUUUCAAAUUAGAAAGGUCAGUGGACAAUUAUCACCGAUUGGUUACAACCAGAAUCCUUGACAGGGAACAGUUUUCCUCUUACAACAUCACUGUGACUGCUAAAGAUGGAGGGAGCCCAUCUCUGUCCACAAAUGCUUACAUUUUGCUGCAGGUGACAGACAUCAACGACAACCCUCCCACCUUUCCCCACACGUCCUACUCUGCCUACAUUCCUGAAAACAACCCCAGAGGUGCCUCCAUCUUUUCCGUGAUGGCCUGUGACCCCGACAGCAACGACAAUGCCCAUGUAACUUAUAGCUUGGCUGAGGACACCCUUCAGAGUACACCCCUGUCCUCAUACAUCUCCAUCAACGCUGACACUGGUGUCCUCUACGCACUGCGUUCCUUUGAUUAUGAGCAGUUCCGUGAACUUCAGUUAUGGGUUACAGCACAGGAUGGUGGGAAUCCACCCCUCAGCACCAAUGUGUCUGUGAGCAUAUUUGUGCUGGACCAGAACGACAACACACCUGAGAUUCUGUACCCUGCACUCCCCACGGACGGUUCCACGGGCGUGGAGCUGGCACCCCGCUCCGCAGAGCCCGGCUACCUGGUCACCAAGGUGGUGGCAGUGGACAGAGACUCAGGACAGAACGCCUGGCUGUCCUACCGCCUGCUCAAGGCCAGCGAGCCAGGGCUUUUCGCGGUGGGGCUGCACACGGGCGAGGUGCGCACAGCGCGGGCGCUGCUGGACAGAGACGCGCUCAAGCAGAGCCUGGUGGUGGCGGUCCAGGACCACGGGCAGCCCCCUCUCUCGGCCACCGUCACGCUCACCGUGGCUGUGGCUGACAGCAUCCCAGACAUCCUGACUGACCUAGGCAGCCUGAAGCCCUCAGUGGACUCUGACGGCUCAGGCCUCACACUCUACCUGGUGGUGGCGGUGGCCGCGGUCUCCUGUGUCUUCCUAGCCUUUGUCAUCGUGCUGCUGGCGCUCAGACUCCGGCAUUGGCACACGUCGCGUCUGCUCCAGGCUUCGGGCAGCGGGUUGGCUGGCGUGCCGGCGUCUCAGUUUGUGGGCGUGGACGGGGUGCGGGCUUUCCUGCAGACCUAUUCGCACGAGGUCUCGCUCACCGCGGACUCUCGGGGGAGUCACGUGAUCUUCCCGCAGCCGAACUAUGCGGACACGCUCAUCAGUCAGGAGAGCUGUGAGAAAAAGGAUUUUCUUUCAGAAGAUAAAGAAGAAACAUUUUCUCAGGAUCUCCUCUGCGAAGAUGCCUCUUGGGUGCCAAGUACUAAUCAUGGAGAUGCUGGAGUCCCAUUUGCCUCGGAUACUAUUUUAAAGCAAGCCCCACCCAACACGGAUUGGCGAUUCUCUCAGGCCCAGAGACCCGGCACCAGCGGAUCCCAAAAUGGCGAUGAGACCGGCACCUGGCCCAACAACCAGUUUGACACAGAGAUGCUACAAGCCAUGAUCUUGGCCUCCGCCAGUGAAGCCGCUGAUGGGAGCUCCACCCUGGGAGGGGGUGCCGGCACCAUGGGCUUGAGUGCCCGCUACGGGCCCCAGUUCACCCUGCAGCAUGUGCCCGACUACCGCCAGAAUGUCUACAUCCCUGGCAGCAACGCCACUCUGACCAACGCAGCUGGCAAGCGUGAUGGCAAGGCCCCGGCAGGAGGCAAUGGCAACAAGAAGAAGUCGGGCAAGAAGGAAAAGAAGUAACGUGGAGGCCAGGCCCAGAGCCACAGGGCAGCCUCCCUCCCCAACCAGUCCAGCCUCUCCCUACCUGUGCCCAAGCCUCGGAUUUCAGGGCUCACCCCCAGGAAACUGGUAGGGGCCCAGGCCAUGCUCCCCUUGGGAAAUGGAAACAAGUGCCAGGUCAACACCCCCCUCUCUGCCCCCAAGGGAUUGAAUAUGCAAAGGGAGUUCUGUUGGGAACCCCCAUCCAAUCACUUGCUGUGCCCAUGGGGGUAGUGGGGUUCGUGUAGACACCAUUUAUCACACCCCCUUCAGUUACAGCUGAACUCCUCCAUCUUCCAAAUUCAAUCAGGCCCAUCCCCUACCUCCCUCCUGCCCUCCCCACCCCAGCCCACUCUUCUCUUUCUUAAGGUGGUUGGGGUGUUGAGGUACCUGGUGACCUAAAAAGGCUCAUAGUUCUGAAGAGUUGGAAGGGCAUCAUGACUUCUUGACCUCUCCUUCAAUUCUCAAACUUCCCCCAAAAGCAUGGUUUGGUGCCAGUCCCUUCAUUUCCUUCCAGAACCUGAGACCAAGCUCAAGUUUUUGGGAGACAUGGUCACCAUUCCCAUGGUACUGAUGCUUGCUGGAUUUAGGGAGGGCAUUUUGCUACCAUGCCUCUUCCCAACACCCUGGGGACCAGUCUUUUGUUCUGUUCUGUUUGUCAUCAUUUGAUGUUCCCACUGCAUGCUGUGACUUCCCCCUCCCCAAACCAGAGACCCCACUGCAUGUUCUGAGACAGUGUGGGGUGCUAAGAUAAAGAAGGGUGUGGGUGUGGAUGGGGGGUGGACAAAGCUUGAUCCCGUUAGUUAACAGGGUCUUGUAGGAGGCUCUGUAUGCCCCAGGGUACCGACCAGAUCCCCAGGUUCCAGCCGGAAGCCAUGCCCCAGGCUGGACCCUCAUCUUUCAUGUAACAGGGCAGCCUGGCAGCCAGCGGUGGGCUGAGCUUCCAGCACCGGUGGGUUUGAACUGGCCUUGUGGUCCAAGGCAGCUCUGAGCAGGAUUAGGACAGGUCCCCUGGAGAGGUCAGAGGGGCCUCUGUGGGUGCUGGGUACUCCAGAGGUGCUGGUGGAAGGAUUCGUGUGGCCCCAAUAGGGAGGGAGGGGCCCGCUCGGCUAUUUUUGGUCCCUGGGUUGGGAAGGAAGGGAGCUAGAGGAGGGACCAAGUGGACAGAAAGUGUCAGCCUGAGAUCAGGGCUUCUCCACAGGGCACCCCCUGCCCCAGCGGCCCCAGCCCUUCACCUUGCAGGUGCCAUUCCUUCUCUGUGAAGGCCACUGCCCAGGCCCCCAGUCCGCCCCCUCGUGGCCAGAGCCUGGUUAAAGUCCCCCAGUGCCUCCUUGUGCAUAGACCUUCCUCUGCUCACCCCUCUGCCCCCUGUCCCGCUCACCCAGCGGGGCUUCUCGAGAACCCCAUCCCAGCCCUUACUUAGUAUAGAAACCCCCUCCCUCUUCCGGCUGGUGUAGAAUAACCAAUAGUGUAUAGUGCGGCGUAUCUUUCCGUGAUGGCGAGCGGGCGGCGGGCUCCGCGCAGCCGUCUGUCUCCGAGCCCGCCCGCGGCGGCCCGUGCUGUGUUGUGCUGUGUCCACGCGCUGCGGCGCCCCCUUCCCGCGUACUGACUCCUCUAAGCGCUUCUCUUUGCAUAGUCACGUAGCUCCCGACCCCACCCCCUUCCUGUGUCUCACGCAAGUUUUAUACUCUAAUAUUUAUAUGGCUUUUUUUCUUUGAAAAAUUAAAAGGUUUCUUCUGAAA